AUGCACGAAACGAACUUGGUUGACGUUAAGAACAGGCUAUGGGAUGGCUGCUUGAAUGUUCGCGUGGUAUGCUCGUCGAGUGAGUCGGAAGAAAUAGAGUAUCUCUUUGCUGGUUUAAGAAACUCGUAUAUCCCUCUUUACAUUCAAAGUAUAGUGAAAUACUUUAGUAACUUUAUACCAGAAUUGGGAGAUGGUCUGCCAGUUUGGUUGGAGUACGCCGGUGUGCCUUUGAAAUGGCACUUGCCCAUUGGUGUAUUGUAUGACUUUCUUCAUAUCCCAUCGCUAAUUGAUCACGAUUAUAAGUUGGCCAAUGAAUGGGUAUUGGUUUUGAAAUAUUCAAGAGUGUAUCCGUCAGAAAUCAUUCCCUUUUACUAUCAAAGUGACACUCAAGAGCCGGACUACAUGAGGUCUUUAAAAGAGGUUGUAGUGAAUCAAUUGAAGCAAUCAUGUUUUGUGAUGAAUGGGAAUUCUAAAAAAAUCAUGAACUUAAGUGAAGAAAAUUCCAAUGACUUAUGGACAUCAAUUGUAAAGCACAAUCUAAGGGUCUACACGGGUAUUAAUAAGAAGAUUGUGCCCACUUUGAACAAGAUACAAAGAUUACCUAUCAAGAUUUUGAUUCCGGGUACCGGUAUAAUGAUUCAAGCUCCAAUCUAUCCCAAGGACUUUGUCACCUUGAAAGAUAUGCUUUCAGAACACUUACCCAAACCGAUCAAAAGUAACUAUAAAACUUAUAUACAAGGAGUGGAAUUGAAUACAGAGAUUCCGCUAAUUGAUGUUUGGGAACUUUUCAAACAUUUGGAUAACUUCUUAUACAUUAUCAUUAUAAUUACGUAA